AUGGAAUACAAACAGGAAGUGAUGUCAGAUAUAGAUGGUACAUUGCAUUUGGAAGGACGCAGAGAAAAGACAAUGCAGGAAUUGGCAGCAGAUGAGGGUGAAGAUCUGAUGGAUAAAGUUGAGGUGAAAGAAGAAGAGAAGACUUAUCGUUCUAGGACCAGAAAAAAAAACUUCUCUCCAGAGGAGAAAGGCAUUAUCCUUGCUGCCAUGGAGGGGUACUUUGAUCGCCUCCAUGGGGCCCGUAGCAAGAACACCAGCAAGGGCAGAAGGGACGAGAUGCUUCAGAGGAUCACCGACCAGGUUAAUGCCGUGGGCAAUGAGGCGCGGAGGCCCAAACACAUAGCAAAGAAGAUCAACGAUCUUCGCAGGAGGGUGAAGGAUAAGAUGGCUCUUAUGGCGAGUCAUGCCAGGGGCACUGGUGGUGGACCUGCCUCUAGGGUUCGUCUGAUUCCUGACGAGGAGGUUGUUGCCCGCUGCCUUACCAGGGUGCAAGUGGAGGGAAUGCCGGGCUACGACUCGGUUCAGCCGCCCUUGAGGACAGGUCUUGAGGCAGUUAGACUUUAUCUUGACAGAGAUUCGGGCCUACAACUCAAACAGGUAGACUUUAUCAUGUUGAAGUUUGCGGCAGCCUCAAACUACUUCUGGUUUGAGAACAGUUUUUAUAAACAAAACACGGGGGUGGCAAUGGGGGCCAAAUAUGCCCCGAGUUUGGCUAAUUUGUUUAUGGCCAAAUGGGAGGAGGAUGUCAUCCACCUCGAGGAAACCCCCCAGAUAAUCCUCUGGGCGAGGUAUAUCGAUGACAUCCUCCUCCUGUGGGCAGGCGAGAGUUUGGAAUUGGUCAUGGUGGUGAAGGUGAUAUCAAAAUCCACAUAUGUAGCGAAAGUCACAAAAAUGCAGAUCGGGCUGCAAAACAAAGUGCUUUCCAAAUUCAUAAUUCCCUCUAAGGAUAUGGCAAUGCAAGAUGGCAUAAUAGCAGCUGAAAAAUCAAUGGUUUACCAUUCCGUGUGCAACAGUCAUUCAUAUAGAUCUUUGGACUGCACCAUGAAACUCCUCCCUCUUAUAUUUCAGGAUUCUGCUAAAGCCACUAAGAUGUCAUGUGGUCGUACAAAAGCUGAAGCCAUUGUAACAAACGUGCUGGCUCCUUACAGCUAUGCCUUUUUUAGUGUUGGAUCAGAUGGAUGUAACCAUGGACGCACCAAACUUUUCCCCUUAGUUCUGCAUUACUUUCAGCCCUCCAAAGAAGUUGUAACAAGCUUGUUGGAUUUUUAUGAAGCAAUCAAGAGAGUUUUAAAAAAAUUGGCCAGCUGUAAAAGCUUACUUCCAAAGCAUCGACCUCAGACUGUGAGGGACGGUGCCAUCCUUCCAACAGAUAAGAGGCUUUCUUGUACUGAGUGCGGGAAGUGUUUCCCUUUUAAAUCCAAACUUAAUAGACAUAAAAGAUCUCACACAGGAGAGAAGCCGUAUUCCUGUCCUGAGUGUGGGAAAUGUUUUUCAGUGAAGUUCAAUCUUUAUAAACAUCAGAUAUUGCACACAGGUGAAAAGUCAUAUUCCUGUUCUAAAUGUGGGAAAUGUUUUUCACAGGAGACAGAACUUGUCAUACAUCAGAGCUCCCACACUGGUAAGAAUCUACCUUCCUGUUCUGAGUGCGGGAAAUGUUUUGUUCGAAAAGCAGAACUUGAUAAACAUCAGAGAUCACACACGGCAGAAAAGCCAUUUUCAUGUACUGAAUGUGGAAAAUGUUUUUCACAGACGUCCAGUCUUUCCAGACAUCAGAGAUCUCACACGGGGGAGAAGCCGUUUUCCUGUUCUGAGUGUGGGAAAUGUUUUGUACUAAAAUCAGAGCUUGUUAGACAUGAGAGGUCUCACACGGGGGAAAAGCCGUAUACAUGUCUUGAGUGCGGGAAAUGUUUUUCCCUGAUGUACCAUCUUUACACACAUCAGAGAUCUCACACAGGGGAGAAGCCGUAUUCCUGUCCUGAGUGCGAGAAAAGUUUUUCACAAAAGUCCAAUCUUUAUAGACAUCAGAGAUCUCACACGGGGAAGAAGCCACUUUCCUGUUCUGAGUGUGGGAAAUGUUUUUCACAGAAGUCCACUCUUUCCAGACAUCAGAGAUCUCACACAGGUGAGAAGCCGUAUUCCUGUCCUGAGUGUGGGAAAUGUUUUUCAGUGAAGUCCAGUCUUUACACCCAUCAGAGAUCUCACACGGGGGAGAAACCGUAUUCCUGUUCUGAGUGCAGGAAAUGUUUUUCACAGAUUUCCAAUCUUUACAGACAUCAGAAAUCUCACACGGGGGAGAAGCCACUUUCCUGUGCCUAUUGUGGGAAGGGUUUCCAUUCUAAAUCCCAUCUUAAUGUGCAUAUAAGAUCUCAUACUGGAGAGAAGCCGUAUUCCUGUCCUGAGUGUGGAAAAUGUUUUUCACAGAAGUCCAGUCUUUCCAUACAUCAGAGAUCUCACACGGGCGAGAAGCCGUAUUCCUGUUCUGAGUGUGGGAAGUGUUUCCGUUUUAAACCUGAAUUUAUUGUACAUAAAAGAUCUCAUACAGGAGAGAAGCCAUAUUCCUGUCCUGAGUGCGGGAAAUGUUUUUCAAACAAGUCCAUUCUUUACAGACAUCAGAGAUCUCACACGGGGGAGAAGCCACAUUCCUGCCCCGAGUGUGGGAAAUGUUUUUUACGAAAGUCCCAUCUUUCCACACAUCAGAGAUCUCAAACGGGGGUGAAGCCAUAUUCCUGUCCUGAGUGUGGGAAAUGUUUUUCACAGAAUGCUGAUCUUUCCACACAUCAGAGAUCUCACACGGGAGAGCAGCCAUAUUCCUGUCCUGAGUGCGGGAAAUGUUUUUCACAGAAGUCCAGUCUUUACAGACAUCAGAGAUCUCACACAGGGGAAAAGCCGUAUUCCUGUCCUGAGUGCGGGAAAUGUUUUUCAGUGAAGUCCAAUCUUGACACACAUCAGAGAUCUCACACAGGAGAGAAGCCAUAUCCCUGUCCUGAGUGUGGGAAAUGUUUUUCACAGAAGUCUGAUCUUUCCACACAUCAGAGAUCUCACACGGGGCAGAAGCCAUAUUCCUGUCCUGAGUGUGGGAAAUGUUUUUCACGGAAGUAUCAUCUUUCCAUGCAUCAUAGAUCUCACACAGGUGAGAAGCCGUAUUCCUGUCCUGAGUGCAGGAAAUGUUUUUCAGAGAUGUCCCGUCUUUCCAGACAUCGGAGAUCUCACACGGGGAACAAGCCGUAUUCCUGUCCUGAGUGUGGGAAAUGUUAUACACAGACCUGCUGA